CUUGUUUCAUCCAGAUCGUUUCCGCGUGCUGUGUGCCGUUUCCUAGUGCCCGUUGUCGGUUUCUAGCUAGUUGCGUGACCGCUUGACGACUCGUUGACGAGAGGAUGCCGGGGAAAGGACCUGCUGAGAAGCGCCAGGCCGCCAAGAAGACGGCCGGCAAGACGCCCGCGGAGGCCGGCAAGAAGCGCCGCCGCAAGCGCACCGAGUCCUUCGCCCUCUACAUAUACAAGGUCCUCAAGCAGGUGCACCCCGAGACCGGCAUUAGCAAGAAGAGCAUGAGCAUCAUGAACUCAUUCAUCAACGACAUCUUCGACCGCAUGGCGGUAAGUGAGUGCGGUGGGAUGGCAAAGGCAGCAGGGAGGGAGGGAUGAGAGGGCGGAGAGGGCAGCCAGGGGUGGGGGAGCGGUGGGAGGGCAGGAUGUCGUGUCUCUGCAAGUGUGGCUGCACCAGUGAGGCCGUCUGUGUUGUGUGCAUGCCUGCACGUGAUACCCAUGACACCCCCGCACCCGUCAACACGACUCUCAUGCCAUGUCUCUCCCUCCCUGUGUGUUGUGUGUGUUGUGUGUUGUGUGUCAGACUGAGGCGACCAACUUGAUCCGUUUCAACAAGAAGAAGACGCUGUCAUCGCGCGAGGUGCAGACGAGCGUGCGGUUGAUGCUCCCCGGCGAGCUGUCCAAGCACGCCGUUAGCGAGGGCACCAAGGCCGUCACCAAAUACACGACCGCCGCUGGCAACUAACUGAUACACACACACCCCCACCACACUCCUACACUCAUACCGUUUGCAUGCAAGGUGUGGUCGUGGUGUGGGGUGUGGGGUGUGUUUGGCGAUGACGUAUCUCUCGCGGCGGUGUUGGCUGCGGCGGGAGAUGCCGAAUCGCCCCUGUAGUCUAGACUAACCUAUCACUGACUGACUGAUACGAACGAUCCGGUUACGAUAUGGAUGCCUGUGCAG